CCAUUCCCCUUCAUCUCUCCGGUUGCUAUCCUGUCCAGUCUCCACCACCACCACCCAAGAAGCCAAGGCGGAGGAGGGGAGCCGGCCGGCCAACGCGCCACCAACCCCCCGCCCAGCAACGAUGCCGCAGCUGAGCCUGACCACCAACGUGCCCGUCGACGCCGUCGUCGCCUCCGACAUCAUCAAGGACUGCUCCAAGGCGCUCGCCAGGGUCAUCGGCAAGCCCGAGUCGUAUGUCAUGGUCUCGAUCAACGGGUCGGUGCCCAUGUCGUUCGCCGCCAGCGAGGAGCCGGCGGCCUACGGCGAGCUCAUGUCCAUCGGCGGCAUCGGCCCCGGCGUCAACGGCAAGCUGAGCGCCGCUCUUGCCGAAAUCCUCGAGACCAAGCUCUCCAUCAGUAGGUCCAGGUUCUACAUCAAAUUUGACGAUGUCAAGGGAUCCAAUUUGGGAUUCAACGGGUCGACAUUCUGAAGCUAGGUGUGUCGGAGUGGAUUACUGCGUUGGAACGGCCUCACACUCUUAUGCAAUAAUAAAUUUCUUAGGCUAAAUGGUUCGUGUUAUGUACUAUGCCUUGCACUUUCAGAGCUGGAUGAAAUUCAUGUUUCAUCCAUGAAUGCUUUCGCCGAUGUGAGACCGAACUGGUACUGUGUUUUGUUCCAUCCAAACGCAGCACUCGAUUGAUCACAUGUUCCCUGGAAUUUCGAUCUUCAAUUGCCACAUUGUAGCA